AUGACUCUUCUCCAUGCAACAGGUAUCUUUUCCAUCAAUACUAUUUUCGAUGAAUUCGGUCCUAUACUCUCCGUAGCAAUUCUUUCAGGCUAUCUCAUGAGUUUUUACGCUUACUUUUCAGCCUUUGCCCGCGGUGCCCAACAUCGCAUUACUGGGUAUCCUAUCUAUGACUUUUUUAUGGGUGCUGAACUAAAUCCCCGGCUAUUCGGUAUACUAGACUUCAAAAUGUUUUAUGAAGUCCGAAUUCCAUGGUUCAUUCUGUUCGGAUUAAGCUGCGCGACCGCUACACGCCAGUACGAACAAUAUGGCUAUAUUUCCGGAGAAGUCAUGUUUCUCGUCAUGGCACACUUUGUAUAUGCCAAUGCUUGCGCAAAAGCAGAACAUCUUAUCACUACCACGUGGGACAUGUACCAGGAAAAGAUGGGAUUUAUGCUAACAUUCUGGAAUAUGGCUGGGUACCAUUCUCAUAAUGAUCCAGCAAAAUACGCAUGGAACAGAUAUGCGCUUACGGCAUUCUUUGUUUUUUAUAUAUUUGUUUACUGGGUAUGGGAUACAUCAAAUGGACAGAAAAACUAUUUCCGAAUGAUGGAACGUUGCACUUUCGUUAAAAGAAGGACCUUUCCACAACUUCCUUGGCAGGAAAUCUACAACCCCAAAACCAUUACAUCUGAAAUUGGUGAUACAAUUCUUGCGGAUGGAUGGUACGGAUUGGCUCGAAAGGUUCACUAUAGCUGUGAUUUGUUCUUUGCUAUUUCCUGGGGUCUGAUCACUGGCUUUGAUAGCCCUUUCCCUUGGUUUUAUUCGGUGGUUUUCACCGUCAUGAUUAUGCAUCGUGCUAUGAGGGAUAUUACUAAAUGUAGACACAAAUAUGGUGAUUCUUACAGGUAG